CCCCGCACCUCUCGCACUCCUGAAGGUCAGCCCGUGUCGGCUCCCUCCUCCCGCGCGUCUCGCUCGCCCCCACCAGCCUCGGCCCGCCGGGUCAGUGUCCAGCUGCCGCGGCCUCUGAUCCCCCCUUCCUCCGUGGGCAGCGGGUCCCCUCCCUCCCCAGAACAGCUGAAGGUCUCAGGCACCUCCGAGGGGAACGCAGGAGGAGGGCAGCGGUGGGGAGAGCCGCGGAGGGGGAGGCGGAGGAGCCCUGACGUCGCUGCCCCGGGCACGGCCGGAGGCCGGCGGCGCUCUCCUCGACCCCUGGACCCCCGGAAGGGAUCCCGGAGCUUCCCGGAGGCGGCUGGUGGUCGAGUCGCACACGGAGACCUCGCUGCCCGCGGAAACUCCGCGCGCGUCCGCGGCUGCCCCUCGCCCUGGUCGGACGGCCGCGCGAACGGCGUUCUGGAGCCUGCGGGGCCGCCCCUUCCCCGCGAUUCUUCCAGAGCCAGGAUAAGGUGGGCUUUGCGCCUCCUCCCUCCUCCGUCUCCCCCUUUUCUCUCCCUUUUACCCUCUUCUGAGCCCAGCCAAGGGGCACACCUGAUCUUCCUCCUCCUCCUCCUUCUCUUCCCCCUCGGUCUCCUCCUCUUCUCUCCACCGGUCCUCCCCCUCCUCCCUGGGGGCUCUGCGGUGGAAAGGGGCCCGGAAGAGGGCAUGUGCGUCCUCCUCUGGCAGUAGCCAGGUUUGGGGUGACGCGGGGCCAAAUGGCCAAGUGGCUACGGGACUACUUGAGCUUUGGCGGUCGGAGGCCCCCUCCGCAGCCACCCACUCCCGACUACACGGAAAGCGACAUCCUGCGGGCCUACCUGGAGCAGAAGAAUCUGGACUUCGAGGACCCUUAUGAGGAUGCUGACAGCCGCCUGGAGCCGGACCCCGCGGGCCCAGGGGACUCCAAGUACGACUCUCCCAAGCACAGACUCAUCAAGGUGGAGGCAGCCGACAUGGCGGACAUGGCCAGAGCCAAGGUCUUGCUGGGCAGUGCGGGGGCAGAGUCAGAAGCUGACACGGAGUACUCUGACCCUUUUGAUGCCCAGCCUCAUCUGCCACCCCCAGAUGAUGGCUACAUGGAACCCUAUGAUGCCCAGCGGGUUAUGAGUGAACUGCCUUGCAGGGCAGUGCAGCUGUAUGACACUCCUUAUGAGGAGCAGGAUGGGGAGCCAGGAGACAAGCCUCUUUCAGGGCAGAAGCCUCGACAGAGCCGGCUGCCCCAGGAAGAUGAACGGCCAGCGGAUGAGUAUGACCAGCCCUGGGAGUGGAAGAAAGACCACAUCUCCAAGGCAUUUGCAGUGCAGUUUGACAGUCCAGAGUGGGAAAGGACCCCCGGCCCUGCCAAGGAACUCCGGAGACCCCAACCCAGAAGUCCCCAUCCCGCAGAGCGUGUGGACCCUGCUCUGCCCCUGGAGAAACAGCCGUGGUUUCACGGCCCUUUGAGCCGGGCAGAUGCCGAGAACCUCCUCUUGCUCUGCAAGGAAGGCAGCUACCUUGUGCGGCUCAGUGAGACCAGCCCCCAAGACUGUUCCCUGUCCCUCAGGUAUGCAAGAAGAUGGAGUGGAAGAUCUAGGACUUCAGCGAGAUGGAGAGCCAGAUGCCCCAGUCCAAAAGUUAAAGUAUAUUCAUUUGUGUCUUUCUGGGGCCAGGAUCUGAGUGGCCCUGUAGGCAUUUGAGUUGGAGACCCUGGUUCUACAUGCUUCUCUGCUUAAGAUUCUAAGCAUGUCUGAUCAUACAACACUCCUAAGAUUCUACUAGGCUUCUGACUGUGAGAUUUCUAAAAGGCCAAGGCUGAAGAGGGCUUUGGAGGCAGGUUCAAAUCUGGCCUCUACCACUUUCUAGCUGUGACCAUAGCUGCAUUGCUCAGCCUCUCUGAGCCUUGGUUUCCUCGUUUAUGAAUGGAGGGUAACAGCAUCAACUUCUUGGCAAUACUGCAAUGAUUAAACGGAAAAAAUACAUGAAAAAAUGUUAAGAAUAGUGCCCCAGAAACAGGAAGUACUUGACUCCUAUUAAUGAUGUUGAUGAAAUGAUCCCCCGGUUCUCCAUGAUUCCACCCACCAGAGACAGAACGGAAAGGGACCCCAGACAGGGGGUUCACUAGUAGGGAGGCCAGGCGCCGUCAGGAGGUUUGGAGAGAAAGUGCGGUUUGUGGUCCAGGGGAGGGAAUGUCCCCUGGCAGGACCCCCAGCCUUCCUUGACGGGGCAAACAUAGAAGGCAUUGCUGCCAUGGGGAGCAAGCCAACACCUUGGUACCAACUAGCUGUUUACCAGAAAUAUUUGGAGAUGCCAGCCCCCGGCUGCUCGGGGCCAUGGUGUGGGGUGGUUUCAGGGGUGGAGAGCAUGCUGGGGUCUGUCUGGAGUGCUCAAGGCCCCCUGUGACUUUGU